AAGAAGUGACACCCUCGUUUUCUCUUAUCGGAUGUAAACAAAGUGGUAGUUUCCUUCCAGCUGGUGAUAAAACUUUCUCUCGCUCUCCCUCACUCUCCCACGUCACGGAAGCAGUGAUAUAAAGCACACGAGGAGGAAGUGAGAAGAUAAUGAAGUUUGGAAGUUUGUGAUACGUCAGAAGGUUACACCCAUUUCCUGUCCAGAUAGCAAUGGCAACCCUCCGAUCCGGCAAGCAAGUUGGUGGCAGCGAUGGCGGUGGCGGUAGCAGUGGUGGUGAGGUGGACAGCAGGGACAGAGGGGCAGUACAGGCUGCGGACAUCAAGGAGAAGAGGAACGUGCGGACAAGCAAGGUGGUAUUCGGCAGUCUGAUCCUGGACCUGCUCGGCUUCACGGUGGUGCUGCCUCUGUCUCCUGCUCUCCUCGACUAUUACUCCAAGCACGACUCCAGCAGCUUGUAUUCCUCUGUGCUCUCCUGUGUUACUUAUUACCAGCAUAUCAUUGGCGUCCCUGUCUUGUUUUGGUGGGCCUAAUGAUGAUGAUUCCUGCUUUCAUCCUCAUCGGGGCUAGCGAGACCAACCUGGGGCUGUACUCUGGACUGAUGCUGUAUGCCAUAGGGCCUAAUGAUGAUGAUUCCUGCUUUCAUCCUCAUUGGGGCUAGUGAGACCAACCUGGGGCUGUACUCUGGACUGACGCUGUAUGCCAUAGGUUCCUCUAUGAUGGUGCCCUGCCUCACUGCCCUUGCCUCCUGUCACGGUGCGGCCUUUCACAAGGGUACCCCCUGCUUGGCAUUUGGAGGUCACUAGGAGCUCUUGCAAGGGCAUUCGGACCUGUUGUGACACCAGAUUCUGGGUAAUGGGGACAGAAGUGUGCUAUAUUGUGGGCAGCCUGUCCAUGCUGCUGCCACUAUUGAUGCUGCAGGCCUACUGAGCUCCCGGCCAUGCCCUCAGCCUGUGCAUAUUAGCCAGGUUAAGGUGGAAGGAUGUUUGGCUGACGUUGGGCUAUUUUCUGUGGUGUUUUUGGCUAGUUUGGGCUGUUUUUUCAUGUGUUCUUUUUUUGGGGUGUCUUUUUUUUUUUUUUAUCUAUUUUUGUUCUUUUAUUUUUCAUGGUUCCAGUGACAGUUUACGAGACUGUAGUGGAAGUUAUUGUGGUUUUCAAGGGUGUUUUAUGGUUCUAAAAUUUAACAGGCUGUAGUGGAAGUUAUGGUUUUCAAGGGUGUUUUCAUGAUUCCAGUGACAGUCUAAGAGGCUGUAGUGUAAGUUACUAGGGUUUUCAAGGGUGUUUUCAUGAUUCCAGUGAUAGUUUAAGAAGUUUAACAGGCCGUAGUGGAAGUUACUGGGGUUUUCAAGGGUGUUUUCAUGAUUCCAGUGAUAGUUUAAGAGGUUUAACAGGCCGUAGUGGAAGUUACUGGGGUUUUCAAGGCUGUUUUCAUGAUUCCAGUGAUAGUUAAAGAGGUUUAACAGGCCAUAGUGGAAGUUACUGGGGUUUUCAAGGGUGUUUUCAUGAUUCCGGUAAGUUUAAAAGACUGUAUACAUUUAAUUAGAAAGAAAAAUAGUGUUUAUUACCAUGAUUAGAGAGAGAGAGAGAGAGAGAGAGAGAGAGAGAGAGAGAGAGAGAGAGAGAAAGUGCAUUAAUCUUUAGUAAACAAACAAGCAAAUCCUGUUACCUGUAUAUUAACUAAA